GAGCCCCGGACUCCCGGCGUCCCCGGGUCCCGCGCUGCCCGGGGCUCCGGUGUGCGGGUCGGGGCCGCCGCCCAUCCCCGCAUGGAGUCCGAGGAGCGCGCGCGGGCGGCGCGGGCACGGGUGCCCAGGGUGGACGCCUACGGCUUCGAGAGGCCGGAAGACUUCGACUACGCUGCCUACGAGGAGUUCUUCUCUUCCUACCUGGGGGUCCUCACCCACAGGGCCAUUAAGUGGGCCCGGCUCCUGCGGGGGAGCGGGGCCUUCCGGAGGAGCGGGACCGUGAAGCGCUACGUCCGGAAGGGGAUCCCGCUGGAGCACCGGGCCCGCGUCUGGAUGGCCGUCAGUGGAGCCCAGGCACGGAUGGACCAGCACCCUGGCCACUACCGCCAGCUGCUCCGGGGAGAGAGGAAUCCCAGCUUGGAGGAGGCCAUCAGGACAGACCUGAACAGGACAUUCCCAGACAACGUAAGGUUCCGGAAGACGGCCGAGCCCUGUCUACAGAGCGCCCUGCACAACGUGCUGCUGGCCUACGGGCUUCACAAUCAAAGCGUAGGGUACUGCCAGGGAAUGAAUUUCAUAGCAGGAUAUCUGAUUCUUAUAACGAAGAAUGAGGAGGAGUCUUUCUGGCUCUUGGAUGCCCUCGUUGGAAGAAUACUCCCCGAUUACUACAGCCCUGCCAUGCUGGGCCUGAAGACUGACCAGGAGGUCCUCGCCGAGCUGGUGAGGAUGAAGCUGCCGGCCGUGGCGGCCCUGAUGGACGGCCACGGCGUGCUGUGGACGCUGCUGGUGUCUCGCUGGUUCAUCUGCCUGUUCGUGGACGUCCUGCCUGUGGAGACCGUGCUUCGAAUCUGGGACUGCUUGUUCAAUGAAGGCUCCAAAAUCAUCUUCCGAGUGGCCCUCACCUUGAUUAAGCAUCACCAGGCGCUGAUCCUGGAAGCAGACAGCGUUCCAGACAUCUGUGACAAGUUCAAGCAGAUCACCAAAGGGGACUUCGUGAUGGAGUGCCACACGUUUAUGCAGAAAAUAUUUUCAGAACCGGGGAGCUUGUCCAUGACGACCAUCUCCAGGCUCCGGGAGAGCUGCCGGGCAGCGCUGCUGGCGCAGGGCUGAGGCUCACCCCACCUCCCCCUACACCCGGACGACGACGCGUCAGGCCAGGCGGCACGGACCGGUUCCUACUGCUCUCGGCACCCCUGAGCC